AUGGCUGACGAGUACGCAGACUUGAAGCAGAUGUUGCAGCAGCAGCUGAAGCUGAUGGAGGCUCUGACCGUCAAGCUAUCCAAUUCAUCUAUGGGCCAAUCAAGCGCGGCUGGUGGUUCACAAUCUGUUGAUCACAUUGCCGGCAGCAUCACCGAAUUCUUGUAUGACCCUCAGGCCCAUAUCACCUUUGAUUCCUGGUACAAGCGAUACGAGGACUUGUUCUCUGUCGAUCUGGCUGCCCAGGAAGAUGCAUGGAAGGUCCGACUUCUACUUCGCAAACUGGGUCCGGCUGAACACGAGCGUUAUGCAAACUUCAUCCUUCCCAAGAAUCCCCGGGAAGUCGCUUUCAAGGACACGGUUCAGACGUUGUCGCAGAUUUUUGGUGAGCAAUCAUCCCUCUUCAACACUCGAUUUCAGUGUCUCCAACUGUGCAAACGAGAUUCCGAUGA